UCUGUUAAGGUUAGCAGAGAGUUGAUUAUCCGUGACCAAAACCUCGUUUGUGAAACUGUCAAAACACGAGGGAUGAGGAAACGCGGAUCGGUGUUGGAGUUACGUGGCUCGCGACAGUAGCAUAUACAUGCGAUCUUGUCUGGAUAAUUUUAGGAUGGACGUAUAGCUUGUGAUACACUUUACAGUCCCGUUACUUCGUCUGAUAGGAACGACCCACGAGAAAAUGGCGACUCAAUCUCACCAGUAUUACGAACGUUUAUCAUCCUUACCAUGGAUCUGCAUUGUUACAUUGCUGUGCACUGUGGCGGUAUCUGAGGCUAAACACCCAGAGAAGAUUGUAGCUUUCUUCCAAGGUAACUGUAACCAGUCCAACCCAUGCAUCCACGAGUGUCAGGACAUCUACGAUGGGGGCUUCAUCUGCCACUGCAGGGAGGGCUAUGUCCUCAACAAGGACGGAAUGUCCUGCUCAGUUGACCAAGCCUAUGUGCGGCAACAAUUGGAGCAUGACCAACAUGACUUGGGGUCAGAGGUCAGAGGUGACUUAGACAAAUCGAGGGAUGCCUCACCUUCACAUUCAAAUUAUAACAUUGCCAAUGAAGUAUUGCCAGGCAAUGAAAAACAAUCUCAGGAAGAAUCCAAUCUCUCCCAAGACAAGGGUAGUCUGCUAUCAACAGACUCUAGUCAUAGGAAAACCAAAAUUUUGGACAAAGUUGAUCGUGUUGGCCUCCUGCCAGAAAAUCCUGAAAUUUCAAUUAAAACGUAUGACCUACGCAAAGACAUCCCUGACCCUAUCUCCGACUUCCAUAUCCGGGAAGGGGGAGAGCACUCUCAGAAUGACUUGAUGAGUCCGGAGUGGACGGAAGGGAAGGGCAAGUUCAAGCUACGACCUUCGAAGACUGUCACAUGUGAUGGGAUGGUGUGCCAGAAUAAUGGAACUUGUGUCGUUGAUGCUAAUAUCCCAAGAUGCAACUGUCCAAUUGGAACGGCUGGCAGCCGAUGUGAAAAAGUCAUCUCCGUUGUUUACCCCAAGUUUCAUGGAAUGGGUUACCUGGCGCUGCCUGUCCUGAAGAAUGGCUACCGAGACUUCCGGAUCUCAAUGGAGUUCCGACCAGAGGCUAAAAAUGGUCUGCUGCUCUUCAGUGCAGAACUAGACGAUGCCAAGACAGAUUUCUUCUCCGUGGCUUUGGUGGAUGGAUACAUCGAGUUCAGAUUUGACUGUGGCACGGGAAUCGGUGUUCUGCGCAGUCUAGGGGAGGUAACUCUGGGCAAAUGGAACGAGGUGACGGUGCAGAGGGAGGAGAAUGGAGCUGGCCUGCAGCUUAAUGAGGGGGACAUUGUGGAGGGCACAGCACAGGGCGCGUUCACCCGUAUAACCCUGCGUCUCCACCUGUUCCUGGGCGGCUACGCCAACAUGUCCUCCAUCACAAACCGCAUCGGCACGGCCAAGCAGUAUGUCGGCUGUGUACAGGAGCUGAGCAUCAAUGGCUACAAGUACGACAUGAGGAAGGGGGAGAUAAUUGGUGACGCCCAGUUCGGACUCAAUGUUGGUGAGUGUAGCGAGGGAAUCUGUGACAACAUCGUGUGUCAAAAUGGCGGCUCCUGCAGUCCUCGCUCCGCUGACAGCCACGUCUGUCUGUGUCCUCUCGGUUCAGCUGGAGACUUCUGUGAGAAAAGACACGAUGUCCACAUUCCCCGGUUCAGUGGCCACUCCUACCUGCAGUACGAGGGGCUGAACCGCCGGGUGUUGUCCUACACCGAGAUCGAGGUGGUCUUCAAGCCCAUGAUGCCAGACGGCUCCAUCCUCUACAAUGGCUACACCAAGGACAGGAAGGGAGAUUUCAUUUCCCUUGCUCUCAGGGACGGAAUCAUCGAGUUUAGCUUUGACCUGGGGACUGGUCCUGCUGUCAUAAGGAGUCAUUUACCCGUGUCCCUGGACCACUGGCACGUAGCGCGAGCAUCUCGGACCGGUCUGCAGGGCAUCUUGGAGGUGGACGACCAGCCCCGCAGCGAGGGGGAGGCAGAGGGGGCGUACACGCAGCUCACGCUACUGGAGGGGCUGUUCAUUGGCGGACAUCGCAACUACGACGAGGUGUCCAAGUACCACAACAUGACCAACUCUUUUGUGGGCUGUAUACAGAAGGUUGUGAUCAACAAGAGGCCCGUGCGACUGAUGAAGGAGAUGGUGGACGGGAUCAACAUUGAGCCCUGUAGCCACCCGUGUGCCGGCGAGCCCUGCAUGAACGGCGGGGAGUGUCGGCCCAAGCGGGACGUCUACACCUGCUACUGCCCUCUGGGAUACGCCAACACUAACUGUGAAGAUAAGAUGGAAAAACUGCCAGAAAAACCGAUGUUUAUUGGAACUAGUUUCCUUAUGUUUACGGACAAAAGAAUAUUGAAAAGGGUAACGGGUAACAAAAUAGAUCUUCAGAUGCAUAUUUUACCAAAGGGUAAAAAUGGUUUGCUGUUCUGGAGUGGACAAGAUGCAAUGGAGUCGUCCAGUGACUUCGUGGCUCUAGGUUUUGUUGAUGGCGGACUCCAGUUACGCUAUAACCUGGGAAGUGGAGAAGCAGUUAUUGGAUAUAAUGAUUCAAGACUUUACGACGGCCAGUGGCAUUUUGUCAGAGCACAAAGGGACAAGCAAGACGCAUACCUGGAGAUUGAUAGCACAGAGAUCGUUGAAGGGAGUGCCCCCGGCAGCUACACAGUACUUAAUACUAACAAAAUACUUUAUAUUGGUGGUAUGCCGGAUGUUUCGCAGAAUUCACUGGGAAAGUUCAGUUCAGGCUAUGUUGGAUGUAUGAAAGAUGUUAUCCUGGCAACUGACUUUAAUAUAAAGAUGAUGAACCAUGCACAAAGUGGACGCAACAUAUAUCACUGUGUGUCCAAUGUCUGAGACAAAUCCAACCUGUCAACCCUGCUUCCAGAAUGAACUGUACUGGUCAACAAGGCCUGGGUAAUACCAAAUUCAUAUUUGGGGUGUGAUGGAUAGAUGUCAUGUGAUUUAAAGAGUGGAUAUUCAAAGAGAAGAUUAUGUAAUAUGAGAGUUGUGCAUUUGUCAGAUGAAUUAUAUCAUCUGUUAUUCCAUAGACAAAUAAGCCUAAAUUGUUGGUGAUGAAAUCAUGUGUUUUUUUCAGGAUAUAAUACACAAAUCUGCUUGGAGACAUUUACUUAAUUUAUACAGUGAAAUUUUGUUGAUUCAUGACAAUAGAAAAUGUGGCAAAUAAUUUCACUGUUUUGACAUGUGCAAACAUUCUUAAAUUAGGAAAUGCAUGUCAAUGAAUAUUUAUUCCAUAUUCAAGAUAUUUGGUGCCCUGCUUCUAUUUGUCCCAAAUGGCAUUUUCGUACCUAAUGGUGUGCUACAUCACUGGGAAUAGUGCACCCAGAGUCAUAAUGCCCCCUUUAAGUUCUAGUGUGUCCACCGAAUCCCACUGGUAUGGGCACUCAAAGCAAAAAGCAUCAUUCAUACCAUGGAGAGCUAGAAAGACGUAUUGUCAUCUGCAUCUGAAAUUGAAGAUGUGGAAGGUAAAGGAGUCAUCGACUACUUCUUGUCACAUCCUUUAUUAGCAUAUUGUCCAUGAUUAAGAGUUGUGCCAUUCUUGAAUUUUUGCUGAGAACAGGAAUGUAAUUAUGGUGAAUAUGGUACAGAAGAAUGCUGUGAAGCCCUUACAGGUAAUAAUUAUCAAUAACUGAUUGAAAAAUCAUGGUUCAGGAAGUUCAACGUUUAAUGUUAGUCCCUACAUAAAAGCAGUUGAAAACAAAGAUGCAGUCCCAGUGUAAAAUUUGUUAUGAUGACUUGUCAGAAUGGAUUGGAUAUACUCAAAUACUUUUACAGUAAUGAUGAAUUAUUUUAGGACAACUAAAUUUGACCUUUUUCAAAGUAUAUGGAAAACUUCAGAUUAACGUUGUCAAUUUUUUUUUAAUUUGGUAAUUCUACCUGGGCCUAAAAUAGACCUUAUCAUCCCUUGUCCCCAAUGUUCAAGGAUAAGUCCCCAAUGUUCAAGGAUAAGUCUCCAAUGUUUAAGGAUAAGUGCCCAAUGUUCAAGGAUAAGUCUCCAAUGUUUAAGGAUAAGUGCCCAAUGUUCAAGGAUAAGUCUCCAAUGUUUAAGGAUAAGUGCCCAAUGUUCAAGGAUAAGUCUCCAAUGUUCAAGGAUAAGUCUCCAAUGUUCAAGGAUAAGUCUCCAAUGUUUAAGGAUAAGUGCCCAAUGUUCAAGGAUAAGUCUCCAAUGUUUAAGGAUAAGUGCCCAAUGUUCAAGGAUAAGUCCCCAAUGUUCAAGGAUAAGUGCCCAAUGUUCAAGGAUAAGUCUCCAAUGUUUAAGGAUAAGUCUCCAAUGUUUAAGGAUAAGUCCCCAAUGUUCAAGGAUAAGUCUCCAAUGUUCAAGGAUAAGUCUCCAAUGUUAAAGGAUAAGUCUCCAAUGUUCAAGGAUAAGUCUCCAAUGUUUAAGGAUAAGUGCCCAAUGUUCAAGGAUAAGUCCCCAAUGUUCAAGGAUAAAGGAUAAGUCUCCAAUGUUCAAGGAUAAGUCUCCAAUGUUCAAGGAUAAGUGCCCAAUGUUCAAGGAUAGUUUCAUGUUAACAUUUGUUUGCCAGCUGAUACAUUGACAUUGACAGACAGGAAUUUUAGGUACAUCAUUUUUAAAACUACAGAAGAGAGGAUCUAUACUGUGGCAUUUUUUAAAACUGUCCAUGCAGAAUAUGACGAAAGACUGGACCUUGUUAUUGAUCAUUUACUAACAAGACAUCCCACCAUGAAUUGUAUCAGCCAAUUACUUUCUCACCCCAUUGCUUGUACACUACAAGAUUUGUAUACAAUUAUCAUUGGUAAACACAGGCAUAAACAAUAACCCUUUUGUAACCGUUACUGAAAAGUUGUUUGUACUGGUUGAAAACUUCAUGUAGGUUAUGAUGACUUCAUUAUUAACCUCAUGUAAAGUAAGAUGUUAGGUGUGGAUGAAUAUUCACAUGCCAGUUUAUGUUGUUGACAUCCUUGAAAUGUCAUCUUUUCUUAUUCUAGAAGUUGUCUUCAACCUUUGCGAAAUGACUCUUGUAUCAGUGGAUUAAUUAUAUCCUUGAUGUUUUUUCAAAUUGUCCAUUAGUAACAAGAGGAAACUUUGAUGUGAAGAUAUGGUCAGAUCUCAUCUUAGUAUCAUCCACAAACUAAAAUAUCAUUAAUGUUGCAUUUCAUAUAAACAAAAUGAUAAGUUAGACAGACAACAAACUAAUAUCUUAACAUUUUCAGCUAUUCCUUGAAAAUUGCUCAGUUUGUCAUUAUUAAAAAUAUGUGAUUAAAAGAGAAUAUACAUGUAGAAUUUUUCAGACAUUAAUCUAUUUUCUAGAAGUAAGAAUAUGGUAGCUUAAUAUCCAUCUUACGCUUUUAUUAAUGAUACAUUGUUCUAUUUGGUUAAAGAACAUAUUUUCUGUAACGAUUGCUCACUGCUACCAGCAGUACAAUUACUGAUGGUAAAAGUUGCAUUCUCUCGUUGUGUUGGCAAUGAUGUAGGAUUGAAAUAUAAAUCACCAAAAUAUGUUUCAUUUAGAUACAUUAAUAAAUCAGUAAUCACCAUUCUCCAAUUUUUUUGCCCAAGUCUAUCGUGUUGAGCUUUUCCAAUUUUAUGGAAAUCGUAAUAUUGUUAAGAAGAUUUGAACAUUCUUAAAAGCAUUGACAAAUGACAGUGGCGUAAUUCUAUGAUUUUUGUUCAUGAAAAAUUUCUGAAUUAUCUGAUUUAAAUUUUUAACCUGAAAUAAGUUCAGUCUAGUUUUUAUUCUGAUAGUGUUGAUGUAUACAAUUCAAGCAAUAUGUGAAAAGACUGAUUCUUUAGUUUUGCAGUUUUUCCAGAAAUUGUACAUAUUCCUCUUUGAUAAUAUUUCAUAUGAAAUCAUUAAAAUUCAAUUCCACACAAGCUAAUGGGGAUUUUUCUCAACCUAAAUCAUGUCGCAUGCUUAUAAUUUGUGGAAAUGAGCUUUUUUUUAUAUCUUGCAAAGUUGGGAGGUUCCUUUCACAUGUUGACAGAUUUAUCUAUUUUGCAGUUACAGAAAUUAUCAUCAGGCCCCCAGGGGUAUUAACAAUAGCUUUAGGGAGCUGAAUUUCUUUGCAGAAAGUCAUUUUGAAAUUCUUCUAUGUGCGCGCUGUCACCUACUCAAUUUUGAUUACAACGAAAUUGAUGCAUGGACUGUGAGAUGGAUCAUGAAAGUCAUAAGGCAUUUUGUUUGAUAUAAUUCUUGCCAUUGUGAAUGUGUAUGCCGAGAACUAUUCCAGCCUUGGUGGGGCAUCACUGGAUCUGAUAAAGCUAUGAUACUGUUGGGCUUGUGGGGCAGUUCACCUGUGUGGGGUGUGAAACAUGUCAGAAUCGGUAGUAGGUUUCCAAAGAGAUGCAGUUACAGUAUCACUUCUUUGGGAGGUCAUGUUGUAGCUAGAAGCGACCAGAAACAAUAUUCCCUCUUUCUAAUCAAAAUGAUUGAUUCAAUCAAAUUCUACUUCUCAUAUUGUCUGUAUCAAUCACAAGGACAUGAAUCUGACAUAUCACUUGAAGGCUCUGGUGACAGACUUGGAUGUUCUUCCAAAGGAGAGAUCUGUCUUUGAACUUGCUACUUCCCACCAUUAGCUGAUUCAAGAUUGUAAGGCAAAUUUUGAAGUAAAAUGACAGCCUGUUUUGUUUUGAUGUUUGGUUUUAUAGUUUUAGACCAAUAUCUACAUUUUUUAAAGUAAACAUUUAUGCUUUGAAAUUAUGUUCCCAUGAAUAUCUUUCCAGACCAUGACAUGAUCAGGACAGCCAUUUUACAACAUUUUCACCUGGCUGUGCUAUUGAAGGAGAAUAUUAUUCCAUACCUGGUGCAUCAUGUUCAUUAAUAACUCAUUAAAAUGAAGUGGUUUCAUACAUUUUGCAUUUUUCAUCCAAUGCCAAUGUGAACAUGUCUUCACACGUCUGAGGCAUGACUGGGGAAUCAAAUUGCUAUCUUACUGCAAAAUGUGCCAAAUAUAACACCCAACUAUUCUGACUGCACAUUAGACAAGUCUAUUUAUUGAUCAGGACACAAGCAUUUGCACAAAUGGCUAUCCAUAUAUGACGUUUUCAUUUAGCAUUUGGGUAUCUUUGAACUUAUCCUGUGUUAAUAUGUAUUAUUUGUUAGAGCAUGAAGUCAGUUACGUUUUCUGUUAGUUGAUACCAUUUUAGCUUUAAUAACUGAAUAUUUAGUUGUACAUUUUCAGAGACCAGAUUUUUUGAGUUUGUAUCCCAAUUUAGAAGAGGGACCUCCAUACCUCAUAUGAUCAGUAUUUCUAGCCAGUACUAGAAACAACCAAUUUAAUUAAAAUCAGAUCUUUUUCUUGCAUGUGAUACCUCUCUGUGCGAAGAUUUGACAAAACCGCUGUAAGUGAACCUUCUUAUGAGCUAUCAUCUGCAUUACUUCGGGCUUUCCUCCCACAUUAAGCAGACAUGCCGUGAUAUAACUGGAAUAAUGUUAAAAGUGACGUUAAACCCAACUCACUCACUAAUGAACAAUGAACCCAAUUAACAUUCUGAAUGGAAGUUCUAAUAUGCUUUUGAAAGGCAUUCAGAAGAGAAACACGUAAGGAAGAGAAUUUAUGGAUGUUAACUUCUUUAUUAUGAGGAACACAACGUUUCGGAGUAUAUGCUUACUCCUUCAUCAGGUGACUAAUAUGUUGUUUUGGAUAUUUUAUACGCCCUCUCAUAUAUGAGUCCCAUUGAACUGCUCCAACUAGGUAUAAAAUGAAAGAGAUAUUCGUGUUCUGUAUCAUUUUUUUUGUGUUAUGAUCAAAAUGUCAAAAUCGAGGUGGUAAAGAAAUGAUGCCAUAUUUGUAAGAUAACAUCUGAUUGGCUGAAGGCUCCACACACCCUUCUUUUAGAUUGGUAGGUGAAGGCUUCACCUGACACAGUAUCCUGUGGAGGGUUUUCAGAUCUUCACACAGAGGAAUCUUAUUGAAGUAAGAUCGGAUUUUAGUGAGAUUGCAGAAACAACAGCUACACAGUGUAGGCUUUAGUGUUAGUACUUGUAGUAACCAUCAUGUAUUUCCAAUUAUGUACAUUUAUGAUUAUUAAUAAACCUGUAAACCAAUUCUAAGAUAUUAAUUUCACAAUUGUGAUUAUUGCGAUUGUUGCGAUAAAAUAAUAUGCAUUUAAUCAUAUUUAAAAUUUAGAUUAUUAAAGUGCCCAAAAGCACAAGCCUUGCAGUCUGUUAGAAGUGUCUGUUAGCAGUUGCUAAAGCAUUCAUUGUUACUGUUAAACCUGUUAGUAUUUAAACCUCAAUGAAAACAUGCCUUCUUUCACCUAGUGACUUACACAAAUAAAAUCUAUCAAAUAACAUAAAUCAUGAUUAUUUUCACAUUUCAAACUUCACAUUUAAAAAUCAAAUACAUUUAAAUUACAAAUACCUAAUGUUAUUAAUCAAAUUCUUAUUGUAAUAUUGAAAACUAUGUUGAGAAGAAUAUCUUCAUAAAAGAAUUUGUUCUCAUUUGUCCAGACAUACAGAAAGCUUUUGCAUAGAUAUUUCAACCAAAUGUACUGAAUAAUGAAAUCCUGUUUUAUUUUUAGUAAUACAAUGUCAUUCAAGCAACCUCACAUUGCCUGUCAGCACUUCUCCAGGUACAUGUAGAUAUAGAAACAUGUUUGACUUGUUUGUUUUACUUUGAGGUAUUCCAGCUUUAAUAAAUUGAACUAGACAAACUGCUACAAAUCCAAUAACAAAUUAAAAUUAUGCUAACACAUUUGAUACUUCGUACAUCAACAUGUCCUGACUUUCAGUAUUUGUACAAAGCAUCAUACUACAUCCUAACUGUAGACGUAGCACCAAGAUAGUGGUCCUAAUGCGACAAUGUAUUGCAUUCCUAGACAUUGAAUAAACAGAUUGUAUUUAGUGUAUAUUCCUCAAAUAUUUAAUUGUGCUUGUCUGUUCUCAAAUCAGCUUUUGUGUAUGUGAUACCCUUUUUGUACAGUGGUCAUUUUGCUAGAGAAUUGUUACAUUUUGAUGUUUAUUAUUUCUUCCAUUGUUACACCGAUGGUUCUGUUGAUUUGUGCAUAAUACCUGUAAAAUAUGGUUGUACCUGAUUAAAAAGGACAUCUUGUCAUCUUGUGCUGAAACUCAUUCAUAAUCAUGAUAAUAGGCAAAAUAUUGUUGUCAGAACAUAUUAAUGAUGGAAAUAUAUGAACUCAUAGCUUCUUGCAGGGGAUGAGAACAGAAUUAUUAUGUCCUAUCAACCUUUCCUCAUAGAAAUCAUUUUAUUCUCAUUACAUUGAAAUUGUUGAUAUAAUUAGUGAUUUACUAUGUGAGAAGGAUUUCUUGACAAUACCUUUUUGUUGGUACUGACAGAAUCUUUGUAUCUCAGCGGAAUGUAUUGAUAGUUGUGGAGAAAACAAUGUUUCAUGUGUCUAGAAUGAAGUAGGUCUACACAUGCAUAAGUAUUCAUUAAAUAAUUGUCCUGAAUUCUCAAUAACAUAUAUUUUUAAGAUGUUUCUUUUUUAAAUUUGAUUUACAUAUGGCAGUUUCCUGCUAUAUAGUUUGGAUAAGUAUGGAAACAAGUAUUGUUGUAGGAUGUUGUUUAAAGGAGUAGGGAUCAAUCCUUAAAUGAGUGUUCAGUAUUGUACCUCUGUUGAUCAUUUUUCAUCAUUGCUAUUUAAUUGGUUGAACACUUAAUCUAUUUUACAGAUGUAAAAUUUGCUUUUCUAUUUAAUACACAACUUCUUUGUUGCUUUAUCAUGUUAAUAUUUAUGAAUUCACAAAUUGAUGUGGAACUGGAAAUUAAGAGAUAGAAGUUUGAAAUAAUGUUUGUAAUAUUUUAUUAAUUUUAUAAUCAAGAAUUAAUUUUUGUCAUUCAUUGAAAUGCAUUACCAUGAAUGGCUGCAAAAUUGCUGAUGUGGUGUUAGGCGAUAUUCAUAAAUUAAUUUGAUCGGGAACUACAAACAUUACAGUACCUUGCAUGAAUACAUUGGAAUACUGAGUUGUAUAUAGGUCAAAGCUCUUUGGCCCGUUGUUCUCGUCCAGAGCAGGCAAACCAGCAUAAGCUUAAUACUUAGUUUACUAUGAGCAUAUUAUCACAAGUAAAAAUUACACUUUGAGACCAAGGUGUCGGCCAAUUUUGUACACGCUGUGGUAACAAUAUUCAUGUGCAAUACUAGGUGUAGCUUGGACCAAUUGUGAUGUAUGUAUUUUUGCACAGACCUGUACUUGGCUGGGCCCAUAGUGAUGUAUGUAUUUCUGCACAGAACUGUACAUGGAUGCUUCACAGUUCUCAUGUCCUGUGUUGUUUUUGUUGUAUAAUCUGGAUAUGUGUGAAUUAUUUUGCAGAUUAAAAUUAGAGAUACUGCAUCCUAAAGUGGGGUGACUUUCUGCAAAUAAAAUGUUAAAUGUU